AUGACACAUGUUUUGGAAUGGUUCUGCAAUUUCUGGUCACACUGGGUCACAACGGCACUCACAGACCAAAUCAGGAGGAGCUUACUAGUCAAAUUCUGCCAGCCAACCCGCCCUACAACCUUUGAGUCCGUCACAAGACCACAGGAAGUAGACAGCGGGCCCACAAACACCAAACCCGGCCUGGAAGAUGGGGGCGGUGUCACCCGUUUACGGACGUCCCGCUCUUUUAGCAAUGUUGUCCGCAGUGAGAAUCCUGUUGAAGAGCCCGGUGCUCGGGCAACAGAGGCUGUAAAGGCCCCAACCCCCCACAACUGGGGAGACCUUGAUGUAGAGGAAGCAGACAUUGAGCCUGAAGCUCAGAGGGACGCCCUGCACGCAUGGAAUGAUGCAUGGAACUGGGCCCAAGAUGCCAGAAGUGAAGAUAAUCCUGGUGCUGGCCAGUCCAAACAGAUAGAACAGUGUGAUCCUGUAGCUGAUGCAGGAGGCUCUAUUAGCUCUCAUGUUCAACCUGCUAGAAACAAAAAGAAAUGGGUCAAGAAACGAGAAAAAAGACUGCGUGAUUGGCAUGCAAGAACAGAUGCACCUCUGGUACCACUUGAGCCUCAGCCCUGCCUUGGGGAUCAACAUAGCCUGGUAGCCGCAAUAAUUGACAACAUGCUGCAACCGAGAACACAAAUGCUGAAUGGCCCAGUAACCGCCACAAUGGAGCCUUCAAACCAGAUUGAUCCCCGUAGCUACAUAGGGAGGACCCUGGGGCGACUUCACCAGCGGAACCCUGACCCUGAUUCCUCUGACUUGAGUAGCGAGUCGACUGAGUCUUCCAGUGAAGAGAGUUUGAAAGAGACGAAUUCUAAGAUGUCGCCUGAUCCCUACAGUUGGAGACUGAGAGAAUUCUUCAUUGGCCUGUUUAACCAUUGUUUCCCUGUGGACUACCGCAUGAAGCAAAGAGAUAAGUUGAAAUGCUGCUUCCAAGAUAACAAAACAGUAAAAGAGUACCUCUACAAGCUCACAGAGCUCUGGAACAUCAUUGGUGACUCUGAUGAGUGCCAGAGAGUCAUUCAGUUUUGGACCGGACUGAAUAGCGAGCUUCAGCAAGGACUGUGGCUGAAAGAGCUUAACCCUGAGCUCUUGAGCUUCGAGGAAGUACAGGCUACAGCCAAAAGGCUGGAAAUUGCUCACUCAGCCGGAAACCGCAGUUGCCAGCUGAAUCCUAAGAACUCAGGGAAGGACCAAGGACCUCCUCCUCCAGGCCCAACCCCAGGAUCUCAGAACUCCAGUAGGUGGGACCACAGGAAGAGGGAGCCUAGGGACGAGGCUAGGCGUUUAGCUUGGGAGAGAAUCAAGGGUCCAGAAACGGGCAAUGACCAUAUGCAGCAGCGGUUGAGUCCUGAAGAGAGGGCCAAACAUGUUGCGGAGGGAAAGUGCUUUAUUUGCCAUCAGCCAGGGCACUUUAGUAGGAACUGCCCCAACACCAAUAUGAUCCACUCAGGAAGAAGGGACAAGCCACCGGGAAUUCCAAACUUUGCCCUUGACAUUGGAGCGGUGCAAGUUAUUGAGCCUGAAAGGAUGCAUGAGUUAGCUGGGAAAAAUGUGUUCCCAGCUCAAGCUGCAUGGACCUGUCUGACGGAGGAUGAUAUUGACCAGGGUUUAGCAGAACUUCGUGAGGAUGCUUGCCCCCUAUGCACUAAAGCUAGUGAGACUGGCUUACCUCCUUUACAGGAUAUCAGUCGUUCGAUUCCACUCAAAGAUGAGAACAAAGUCUACCCUUGGCAACCGUCCAGAUGCCCAGAGCCCCUGCAGGCUCAAUGGUCCGAAAAGCGGGAAGCAUAUCUUGCCACAGGGAGAUGGAACGUGACAAGUGCAGGCAACACAGUACCAAUGCUCUUGAUUCCAAAACCUGGCUCUGGAAAAUAA